AUGUCCGAUCUCGUCACCAAGUUUGAAUCGCUUAUUAUUUCAAAGUAUCCAGUUUCUUUCACAAAAGAACAAUCUGCUCAAGCUGCCCAAUGGGAAUCGGUUCUAAAAUCUGGUCAAAUCCAACCACACUUAGAUCAAUUGAAUUUGGUGUUAAGAGACAACACCUUCAUUGUGUCCACUUUGUACCCAACGUCUACCGACGUUCACGUCUUCGAAGUCGCCUUACCAUUGAUUAAGGAUUUAGUGGCAAGCUCCAAGGAUGUCAAGUCAACCUAUACCAAGUACAGACACAUUUUGAGAUGGAUUGAUUACAUGCAAAACUUGUUAGAAGUAUCGAGCACCGACAAGUUAGAAAUAAAUCACGAUUUGGAUUUACCUCACGAAGUUGUUGAGAAGAAGAAAAAGGCACCUGCAGGUGGCGCAGCUGAUGCUGCAGCCAAGGCUGACGAUGAUGUGAGUAAGAAGGCUAAAAAGCAAGAUCAUCCAAGAGGUAAGCCUGAUGAAGAAACCCUUAAGAAAUUGAGAGAGGAGGCAAAGGCCAAGAAGGCUGCUAAGAAGGCUGCCAACGCUAAACAACAACAAGAGCAACAAAACAAGGCCCCAGAAAAGCCAAAGCCAUCCGCAAUAGAUUUCCGUGUUGGUUUCAUUCAAAAAGCUAUCAAGCACCCAGACGCCGACUCACUAUAUGUUUCCACAAUCGAUGUCGGUGAUGAAGAAGGUCCAAGAACUGUAUGUUCUGGUCUGGUCAAGCAUUUCCCCUUGGAUGCUAUGCAAGAACGUUAUGUUGUUGUUGUGUGCAACUUGAAACCAGUUAAUAUGAGAGGCAUAAAAUCCACAGCCAUGGUUUUGUGUGGUUCUAACGACGACAAAAUCGAAUUUGUCGAACCACCAAAGGGUUCCAAAGCCGGUGACAAGGUAUUCUUUGAAGGUUUCGGUGAUGAAGCUCCAAUGAAGCAAUUGAAUCCAAAAAAGAAGAUUUGGGAACAGUUGCAACCUCAUUUCACUACAGAUGACGGUUUGGAAGUCAUCUUCAAAGAUGAAGAAGAAAAGGACCAUCCUGUAAGAAAGUUGACCAACGCCAAGGGCGAAUCAUUUAAGGUUGCUAGUAUCAGUAAUGCUCAAGUCCGUUAA